AUGGCUCAAGUAUAUGCACAGCAAGCUAAAGUGGUGGGUGCAUCACCUAAUAGUAAGCUUACCCUUGAAGCUGACAAUAAUACGAAUACAACAUCUGAUGUGCAAAUGAGCAACGAUAAUAAAGGAAAGCAAUGUAAAAAUCAAGAUUCAGAUGUUUCGGAUGAAGAACCCGGUGAUGAUUUACCCUCAAAUCCAGCGAUAGCACCGGCAUCCAUGUGGAAUCGUCAGGAUAUUUUGGAUUUCAAGGAUGUUAUUCGAAAAGAGGGCAGUGAAAGUAUCGUUAAGGUGGGACAUGGAGAAACAGUAACGGUUCGUGUACCAACUCAUGAUGAGGGCAGUUGUUUAUUUUGGGAGUUUGCUACUGAUCAUUACGAUAUUGGUUUUGGUGUAUUUUUUGAAUGGAGUAUUCCAGAAACAAAUGAGGUUUCUGUUCAAAUAUCGGAUUCAUCUGAUGAAGAAGCGGAUGAGGAGUUGUUACAAGCGGAUCUUAGAGCCAGUAAUCUGGGCGAUGUGGAAUGUGGCAGUUCAGCAAAAGAGAAACAAGCAGAUGUCAAUAAACCACAUGUCGACGAAAUAGUUCCCGUUUACAGACGUGAUUGUCAUGAGGAGGUAUAUGCUGGUAGUCAUGUGUAUCCAGGUCGAGGUGUGUACUUAUUGAAAUUUGACAAUUCAUAUUCAUUAUGGCGCUCCAAAACGUUGUAUUAUCGGGUGUAUUAUAGCAAAUAA